AAUCUCUUGUAGGCAUAAACACUGAUUAAUCUCAGAAUGCCAGGAAGUACUAGGAGCUCAAUAUUAUUUGACUGAUGAUGGUGGAAAGAGCACUAUAGUUAUACAAAGACUCUCAUGUCUGAGGCUUGAAGGUCCCAGGGUCAAUCCCUGGCUCUACUUUAAGGCCAGAGUUAAGGGAUGAUCUGAACACACACACUUUGGAGGAUUCAGUGACGAUAGCCUUGGAGAUUGACUUAUUCCUUUCCCCCAACAGCUCAGAGGCAAUGAGUCCUGGAAACUGGAGCCAGGUUACAGCGUUUGUCCUCCUGGGUUUCCCCAGGAGCCACAUCCUGCGGUUCCUCUCGUUCCUGGGGUUGAUGGUGGCCUACAUAGUAACAGUCACAGGCAAUGCACUCAUCAUCGUGCUCACCUUGACAGACCGGCGCCUGCACACACAAAUGUAUUUCUUCCUGCGGAAUCUGUCUUUCUUGGAGCUGUUGCUCGUGUGUGUGGUGGUUCCCAAGAUGCUUGUCAUCAUCUGCACGGGGGACCCCACCAUCUCCUUUGCCAGCUGCAUUGUUCAGUCCUACCUGUACUUCCUCUUGGGCACCACUGACUUCUUCCUCUUGGCUGUCAUGUCUCUGGAUCGAUACCUGGCCGUCUGUCGUCCACUCCACUACGAGACCCUGAUGAGCAGCUGCACCUGCUGCCGCCUGGUGCUGGCAUCCUGGGUGGCGGGCUUCCUCUGGGUGCUCGGCCCCACCACCCUCAUGGCCAGCCUCCCUUUCUGCGGCCCCAAUAAUAUAGACCACUUCUUCUGUGACAGCUGGCCCUUGCUGAGGCUCUCUUGUGGGGACACCCGGCUGCUGGAGCUGAUGGCAUUUGUGCUCUCUACGUCCGUGCUGCUGGGCUCUCUGGUGCUGACCUCCUGUUCCUACACCUGCAUUAUCGCCACUGUGAUCAGAGCCCCCACGGCCUCGGAGAGGUGGAAAGCCUUCUCCACCUGUGCCUCACACCUCACGGUGGUACUCAUCGUCUACGGCAGCUCCAUCUUUCUCUACAUCCGCCUGUCAGAGGCUCAGAAUGCGCUGCUCAACAAAGGCGCCUCGGCCCUCAGUUGCAUCAUCACGCCCCUCCUGAACCCCUUCAUCUUUAGUCUCCGUAACAACAAGGUGAAGCAAGCCCUGAGAGAUGCCCUGAGGGGACUCAGACCCACAGCUGCCAGAGACUGUGAGAGGCACAAGUAAUGGAAGCUAUUCCUAGUCCAUAUUCUGUUGAACACUUCAACUGAUGCAGUUUGUUUAUCAAUCCUUCC